AUGGCAUCGGACAAGGAGCCAAAUCCGAAGAUGGCCUGGGAAUCUCAGGACCUCCCGAGUGCAUUUAAGUCAUUCAAAGCUCACUGUGAAUUUAUGUUUGGUGGACCUCUCAAAGGGAAAUCGGAGGAACAACAGUGCAAUUACCUGAUGUUAUGGGUAGGUGAAAAGGGCAGAAACAUUUAUUCGACUUGGAAUCUGCAGGGUGAUGACAAGAAAACUUUAAAAGUUUAUUUUGACCGUUUUGAACAAUAUUGCAAGCCUAAAUCUAAUGUGAUAUAUGCACGUUACAAGUUCAAGUGUCGCACUCAAGAUGAAGAAGAAACUUUUGAACAGUUUUAUACCGAUUUGAAAGUGUUGUUCAAUGACUGUGGUUAUAAUCCUGAUAUUGAGGAUGAGAUGUUGAGAGAUCACAUUGUGUUUGGUGUAAAAUCAAAGAAAGUUCGUGAAAAACUCAUUAGUGAAGGAUCAGAGCUGACCCUACAGAAAUGUACAGACAUUGUAAGAACAUUUGAGCUGUCACAGAAGCAAUUGAAAUCUAUGAAUUCAUCAGGGGAAGACCCUAAUGUGAAUGUCAUUGUAAAGAAGAAGCCGCAAGCAGUCAAACCUCGCGCAUUCAAGGCAAAACAGAAGAAGUGUUCCCGAUGUGGAUACGAACAUUUCUAUAAAGAUAGAUGUCCUGCUAUUGGUCAGUUGUGUAAUUUGUGUCAGAAGCCUGACCAUUUCGCAAGUAUGUGCAAAACUAAAACACAGUCAUACUCCCACAAGCAUGUUAAAACCAAAGAAUAUCAUAAACAGAAGAAGAAAGUGAAUAUGGUACAAGAAAUAUCAUCAGAUACAGACAGUGAAAGUGACAAAGAAAGUGAUACAUCUGCUGAAAUAUUUAUGGGCAUGAGACAUGAAGUUAACUCUGUAAAUCCAGAAUCAGACUGGACAGUAAACUGUAAAGUGAAUGACCAUAGUGUAACAAUGCAUGUGGACACUGGAGCCAAAUGUAAUGUCGUUAGCCGGAAUGUUCUACAGCGCCUGAAAAUCAGUGAAACAAUACAGAGAUCAGAAGCCGUAUUGAAAAGUUUCAGUGGACAUACCAUGAAAUCCACAGGAUUAGUAGUACUUCCAUGCAUAUUUCACCAUGAAACAUUCAACAUUCCCUUUGAAGUUGUAGACAUCAAAACUCCAACAAUACUUGGAUCAGAGACAAGUCAACAGAUAGGACUAGUUCAGAAGAUGUUUAGUGUGGCACAAUUUGAAACACAGGCCUCACAAAACCUUACCGAACAGUUGAUACGCAAGAACUAUUCAGAUUUAUUCAUUGGUGUUGGUCGUUUACCUGGCAAACACAAGAUACACUUGAAGGAGGAUGUGCAACCAGUCGUCCAUCCACCGAGACGUAUCUCAGUAGCACUUCGUCAAAAGGUGAAGGACAAACUUAGAACCAUGGAGAAAGACGGAAUCAUUAUUCGGCAGAUAGAGCCAACUGAGUGGGUCAACAGUCUUGUUACAGUCAUAAAACCCAAUGGUUCAGUGAGACUUUGCCUUGAUCCUAGAGAUCUCAACAAAGCCAUAAGAAGACCCCAUUAUCCUAUGCUUACCAUUGAGGAAAUUGUCACUCGCAUGCCAAAUGCCAAGUACUUCUCCAAGUUGGAUGCAACUUCCGGUUUUUGGCAGAUUCAGCUGGACGAGGACAGUUCCAAACUUUGUACAUUUAACUCACCACUUGGAAGAUUCAGAUUCUUAAGGAUGCCAUUUGGUCUAAACUGUGCAUCGGAAAUAUACCAAAGUGUGAUGUCACGAAUGGUGGAAGACAUUGACGGUGCUGAAGUCAUCGUUGACGAUAUUCUUGUGUGGGGUGAAACUCUAAAAGAACAUGACGAAAGAUUAAAGAAAGUCUUAGAACGAGCAAAAGACUAUAAUUUGAAAUUGAGUUCCGAAAAAUGUGAAUUCCGCAGAAAGGAAGUGACCUAUGUUGGACAUGUUCUCAGUAGUGAGGGACUCAAGGCAGAUCCAGAGAAGAUCCGGGCCGUGACAGAAAUGACACCGCCAACUAACAAAAAGGACCUAAGGAAAUUCAUGGGAUUCAUUCAGUAUCUUGCAAAAUUUCUUCCAAACUUGUCUCAGGAAUCGGCACCCUUAAGACAAUUACUCUCUAAGGAUGUUGCAUGGCAUUGGGAUGGAAACAAGCAGAAAAGUUUCCAGAAACUGAAGGAGAUGGUAACCAAUACUCCAGUUUUGACAUAUUUUGAUCCUGAAAAACCAGUCUUACUUACCGUGGACAGCAGCUCAACAGGUCUUGGAGCAGCAAUAAUUCAAGAUGGUAAACCAAUUGCAUUUGGAUCCAGAGCUUUGACUACAACACAGCAGAAGUACUCACAGUUGGAAAAGGAGACCCUAGCUAUAGUUUAUGGCUGUCAGAAAUUUCACCAGUAUGUCUAUGGAAGACGAAUUCAAGUUGAAACUGACCACAAACCUCUUCAGUCUAUCUUCCGUAAACCAUUACAUGACAUUCCAGCCCGACUGCAGAAAAUGGUUCUUACAUUACAAUGUUAUGACUUGGAUGUAACAUACAAACCUGGGAAUACUCUUGUUGUAGCUGAUCAUCUAUCCAGAAAUUACUUGAAAGAGACAACAGAGAAGUUAGUUGAUGAAUUCUCCGUCAAUGCUUUGUCGUACUUACCCCUAUCACCUGGAAAGUAUGCAGAAUUACAAAAAUCAGCUUCCGCAGAUCUUGAAAUGAUUCUACUCAGUAAAGCUAUUCUAGAAGGAUGGCCAGAGAGUCGCGAUCAACUUCCCGUGGAAAUACGCACCUACUGGAAUUACAGAGAUGAACUUGCAUGCAUAGAUGGCUUGAUCUACAAAGGUCUUAGACUAGUGAUACCACAAACCUGUCGUAAGGAAAUGUUAGCGAGGAUACACGAAUCUCAUUUAGGCAUUGUAAAAUGCAAAGCAAUGGCACGUGAAGUCAUGUUUUGGCCAUCAAUGGGAAGUUACAUUGAAGAUAUUAUCUCCAAAUGCAGCAUUUGUGCUACCCAUCAACGACAAAAUCCAAGAGAAAGUCUUAUUCCUCAUAAAAUACCAGACCGACCUUGGUCUACAAUAGCCAUGGAUUUGUUUGAAUUCAAUGGACACCAGUAUCUCCUGUCAGUAGACUUUUAUUCAAAAUGGCCAGAGAUAGCGAAACUGGAACAGCCUAACUCCAGUUGUGUGAUUCAACAUCUAAAGAACCUGUUCGCACGAUAUGGUAUUCCUGAUGAAGCCUUGUCUGAUAAUGGACCUCAGUUUGCUAGUGCUGAAUUUAGGAAAUUUGCCCAAGAGUAUGAAUUUCGCCACUUGACGUCUAGUCCCCAUUUUCCCCAAUCAAAUGGACAAGUGGAACGAAUGGUUCAAACAAUCAAACACUUACUCGAAAAAGCAAAGGAUCCUUACCUGGCAAUCUUGGAUUAUAGGAACACACCUUUUGAAGAACUUGGAUUAUCGCCAGCUCAGUUAUUUCUAGCGAGACGAUUAAGGACAAAGUUACCUGUAUCAGCAACACUUUUGAAACCACAAAACGCUGAAUUUGUCAAAGAAAGCUUAAAGACUCGCCAGGCCAAGCAGAAGAGGAAAUUUGAUAAACAUGUUCCAAAAUCUGACUUGAAACCAUUGAUUCCAGGAGAAAAGGUUCUGAUCAAACACAAUGAUCAGUGGAUACAUGGAUCAGUUGCAGAGAAACAUGAAUUGCCACGUUCAUAUGUAGUUAAGGGAAACAAUGGCAGGAAAUAUCGCAGAAAUAGAAGGGACUUAAGGCCAACGAACUCUAAUCCUGCAGAAGUGAGGGAAAAAGAAGAAAACCUGGAAAUUACACCAUUCCUGUAUCAUGCCGCCCAACAUGGAUCGAUGGAUCGUGUGGAUAGGAAACCCGAGAGGAAACCUACUAUUGGUAACACAGAGGAGAUACAGAAGGACGCGCCUCAAAAGAUUCAGAGUCCAGUGAAGACCAGGUCGGGACGUGAAAUCAAACUUCCAUCAAGAUUCCGUGAUUAG